AUGCUCUCGCACCACGCGUCGGUGGCGGCACUGUCCAACCCGACAGCGGCAUCUGCGGCGCUAAAGCACAUGUUCGCUUGCUGCGAGUGCACAAAGUGCCAGGCGGCAGAUAUCAUCAGUGCUGGCGGCUGUUACUGCUGCUCGUGUCGCUUUGUUCAUAACAUUGCCGUCCCGGACGUCCUCCCGCUGCUCCGUCCUCUGGCCAUGACCUACCCGUUGGAGGACUCGGCUGUCUUUGAUCACCUCCCCCACCCUGGCUCGGCCUACGUUCAUCAUGUGCUCAAGGCGCCCAAGUCAGUCCUCGAUCCUGGUCUUGUGGUCUGGGGUUUUGAACUCUGUGAGACGCCCGAUCGGGUCCUCGACCUCACUCCGCUCAUCUUUGGCAUCAUCUCGUCGCCUAUCCCGAGCGAGGCCGCCACCCUAUUGGCGGUCUCGCUCUCCGACAGCGGCGUGACGCUGGCUCCGGUCGCUGGCAGACCCGAGAGCGUGGUCAUUCCAUGGCCGAUGGAAGCCAGCGAACUCUAUGGCGCGCAGUACAGUCUCGAGCUGGAGCUGGUGCCUGUCCUCUCGCCAGGUCCUGCGCUCCAGCUGCGGUCGAUGCGGCUGUGCCGGUCAGGUCCAGGCUCUACGGCGUCGCUCGACAAAAUCCCGGACACUACACUUGACAUGCCAAGCCCGCGGCCGACCUGGCCCGUUCCGCAAACCUUCUCGCGCGGCAUGUACAUGACGAUGACGGUCAAUGAGUCGCUGCUCGGGUGGGCGGUGACCGGGCCGGCACUCUCGCUGGCGUACCACAUGACCAACUUGACUGGACCAGUCUCGAGUGCGGCCGAUGCUGACCUCUGUGUAUGCCGGUGCCACAAACCGGACGAUGUGCUCGCGCACCACUUCUACUGUUGCACAUGCCGCGAGGAGCAGGGCGCGGCGCUUUCCGACUUGCCGAGCCUGAUCACACUCAAGGCGGUUCACUCGCUGGCGCAAGUUGUGCUCGGCGGCCAGGCUACACCGCUACUGGAGGGCAUGUCUCCGCGGUCGCCGACGACGCCGACGACGCCGACGACGCCGAUGUCACCGGCAGCGGCUUUGUUCUCCAAGUCGGGCUCGGGCCUGCUUGACGUUGCCGAGCCCGGAGAGCAGAGCUUGAACGGCAUUGCGCUGCUUCCGCGACGACCGACCGCAUCAGCGACUGGCUACGUUGCGCACUCGCUCCCGUCGCUUCUUGCCAACGGAUUCUACCUCCGCGGCGCCGGCGAGAUUGAGAUGUCACACUCGCAGACCUCUGCGCCACUGGUUCUUGCGCUCUUUCCACCAGCUACACAUGCCAUUCGCGACCCGCGGUGGGCGGCCAACGCGGCCAAGGCCGAUCCUCGGUCGCGCGGCGCACCGCUCUCGGUCACCGUCGUUCUGAAGCAGGUUGAGUCGCGGAAGAGCGACGUCACCUUUACGCUAACCGUCGUCUCCACGCUUGGGCCGCUCGAGGUUGACGGUGAAGCCAGUGACGACGUGACAGUUACUGGCACGCUGCCAGCCGCCGACGCCAAAGCGUUGCGGCUUGGCAUCCUUCCAGUCACCAUCGACCUUGUCUAUGCACCGGGCGAUGGCCACGCGCUGAACGUCGGCCUCAACGGCGAGGACGUGCUCGCGGUUGUCCUUCCGGUCGCCCGGCUCGUUCCGAUCGCUGUUCCGGCACUACUCACCGCCAACGCCACCAACACGCUCGCACGCUCGGUCAACGUCGCAGAGCUGACGGUCGAGCCCGAGACCGACCCGGCGUCGUUAAGCGAGGCGCAAUGCAUGUGCUCAUGCCAUGCACCAGAGCUCCCAGCUCCGCCGACAAGAGCACGAUACCCACGGACGGUGGCAUCAGUCUCAUGCGAGUGUGGCUGCCACCAGUGCGUCGUUAGGCCAGAGUCGAAUCCGAGCUACAUCGGGCUCUUUUCCCAGGCCUACACGGUUCACCACCAGGGCGUGGAUGAGUCUGGAAUCCGGACUCUUGAGAAAAUGCUGGAGGUCGAGGCCUCUGCUGCAACCGCAGCAACGAUGGCAGCCAUCGAGGCUGGCACGCUGGCAAUUGCAUCGCACUGCUGCGGAUGCUCACCGCCGUGCUGCGGCUGCUCGGUCCUCACACCGGAGCACAUGCCGCUGCUCCUCACCUCGUUUAAGGCGCGCAAAGUUGCGUCGCAGCUUGCACUUGUUGGUGCGGCCUCCCUCACAGCCAAUGUGAUCAGACUCACGUCCGAUGAGAUCGAUGCUGCUGGCGCCGUGUGGCUCCGCCAGCCGCGGAUUGUUGGCCGAGGCUUCUUGCUCGAGUUCGAAGUGCGUCUGGCACCGUCGCUACCGGCCACGCCCGGCUCGGGCGUGACUGCGUUCAUCCAGGCCGACGCGGCCGGUUCCUCGUUUGCGCCGGCUCCAGGCAGCGGUCCGGCUCGCGGCCUCGGCCUCAGACUCGAGACGUCGCCGGCGACGGCUUCGCGCGGCGCCGAGCUAGUGGUCGAGAUGUAUGAGCCUCAAUGUGGUGGAGUGCCGAUCGAGGUUGCGCGCGCGAGCGUCGACGAUCACAGCGUGCUGGGCAGUGUGCUCGAUGGCGACUUUCACGCCGUUCACGUCGAGUACAUCGGCACCAACGCGCUUCUGGUGGUUGAGCUCGACUACGACGAGGUGGCACGUGUGACGCUCCCACGGGCACUGCUUGGCGCUGAGCUGAGCAACGAGACCGAAAAGGUGAGCUACCCGGCGUUUGUUCUUGGCUUUGCUGCGAGUAAUCCCGAGACGAGCGCGUCGACCCACGACGUCGGGCGAUGGACUUUUACCGUUCCGUCGAGCGUGCUCGGCGGAAGCGACGGGUGUGUGUGCGACUGCCAUCCGCUGUUUGAGCUGACAUCCACACUCCCGCCGCGAGCCUUUGCGCCCCACCUUGUCGACGCCAUGAUCGAGCACUGUGGUGGUACACAAUGCGGCAAUUGCGAGUGCCUCUGUCACGGCGAGCGUGGCGAAGAGGCGAGGCGAAGUGGGCUUGCGCUUGCGGCGGCGGUCUCGCUCUCGGAACUUGCCGCCGGCGGGGCAUCGAGCCCGUAUCUGGCGACCAAGCCCGAGAACGUGUGUGGCGAGUGCGCUUGCAAGGGCGUGACCCGACCGACAGCACUCCCGACGUCGUACUCUGCCGAGGCAUCGCUGGGAUGCUGCUCGUGCCGGGCGCAUCUUGGGCGGGUCUCCGAGUCUGAGGUUGCGCGGCUGCUCUCGUCGGUGGAGCUGCCGUUCUUUGAUGAGACGUACUCACUCCUCUCGCUCUGUGGCGUGGCUGCUGUUGACGAAUCGUCGGUGCUCCUGCUGACACCUGCCACACCGCCGGCGACCCGGACGUCAUCGGUGGGCGCGUGCUGGGUCCGGGAACCGCGGCUCCUCACCGAUGGCUUUGAGCUUCACUUUGAGUUUAGCAUCCGCACGAUGAUGGGCUCGAUUCCCGGUGACGGCUUCGCACUUGUGCUACAGAGCGAUCCCGCUGGCCCGCUCGCCGAAGGCCGGGCUGGUGACGGCAACGGGUAUGCGGGCAUCCGCAACGCGAUUGCGCUUGAGUUUGACGUCUACCACCACCACCACGUCGACACUGGCGUGCCGCGGCACACACCGCACAUCUCGCUCCAAGUGCGGCAGUCGCCAGACACGCCGCUGUCAUCGCAUCAUGACUCGUCGCUGGCACUCUUUCCCGACGCACCGUCGCUGCUCACGCCUCAUAAGCAAAGUGUGGGCAUGGUUGUCGGGCCUGACGGGCACGUCGUCAUCUCGCUCAAUGAGCGCGUUAUUCUCACUGCUGACCUGCCGCGCGAGGCGCUGCCGGACGUCGGCUUUGUUGGCUUUGUCGGCUCGCACUCGUCGCUCACGCACUCGACGUUUGCGAUUCACUCGCUUUCGUUUGAGCCGAUGCAUGGCGACUCUGACGCAUGUGCGUGUGCGUGCCAUCGGCUUGGAACUACAGCGGCGUGUGCUUGCAAUUGCCACGCCAGUUGCUGUCCCAGCUGCCUCGUUGUGCCGCAGCUGCAGGUACCGGGCUUUUCGUCGCCACUGCUGGCGAUCAAAGGCAGCCGGAUUGUGUUCAAGCGGUCUUUGCAGUGGGAGGCGUGCGGGGCACGACUCGAGGAUACCGACAGGCUCAACAAGCUCGUGCUGGAUGGACUGGCCUCGCUGCUUGCACGCUCGCCACACACUCGAUGGUGCGUGAGCGUGUGGCGGAGCGACCCACACUGGUAUGACGCUACGGCAGACCAUCGGGCACACGACAAUGUGCGCGAUGCCGAGGGCGAGCCUGUGGCUGGCGCGUCAAACAUGGAUUUGUGCGCGAUGCGAGCAGCAACGGUAGUAGCGUCGCUUGUCGAGCGCGGCGUCGCCGCGGAUCGCCUGGAGGGGCGCGGGGCCGGGUCUGAUGCGCGGGGCGGAAGGACGGAGCUCGCCAUUCUACAGCCGGCGAAGACGCUGGUGGCUGACAGCGACGCUGAGCGGCUGGCCGACCGGCGGGCGGCGAAGCGAGAGCGUGAAACCGCAGCGCGACUCCGGGAGGGACUGCCGCGGCAUGUAUGCGAGUGUGGGUGCCACAACGAGUGGGAGCCCCCGACGCUUGCACCGCCGCCAGCGCGGGCGCAUGCGUGCUGUCAAUGCGCGCUGCGUCGCGAGUACAGCUCGCUGGACGACAUGCCAGGAGUGCUGUACCGGAGCGGGCCGGGGCUUGUCGAGUUUGAAGCUCACAUUGAGUUUGUGGCGUGCUCGGCAAUGCUUGCGCCGGCAUCGCUGGUCAACGAGCGGCUGCUCAACGCGGCGUAUCACUUGCUGGUGCGGUACUUUUUGUAG